CAUACAACUUUUUUUCUUUCGCUCAUUGACUGACUCAAUGCGGCAGGCCGCCCACCAUUCUGCCAUAGGCGGUGACUGGAUCAGACAAAGUCACAUGUUCUAACUGUUACACGUGACUCCUAAUAGCCCUUGGCGCAGCGGUCUCCUCAUGGUCACCUGUUCGACCGCGAGUUCAUCAACACGAGUUUACUUGCACUAUCCAGUCUACCACCUCAUGAUGCACUGUCACCUUUCCAGCCUCCUCUUCUACCAAAACACUGCAACCCCCCUCACGCGACACCAACAUGGGUAACAGCCGCCACGCGGCCCUGUCCAAGUCCAUCCAGCGCGCGAUCUUCCGCGACCCAGCCAGCUUCCGCAAGACGGUGCUCGGCCGAUUCCUCGCCUUCUUCACCAUCCUCUACAUCAAACUCAUCCGGUACGGCCACGUGCAAUUCCAGAAGUUGCGCAGCGAGGUCUGGCAGAUCGACGAGGAGGAGUACAAGGCCAGCUUCCGCAAUGAUAGCAAGAAGACCGUGCCCUUGAGGCCGAUGGGCGACCUGGGUCUCUCCGGAUCGACCUUCUUCAGCACCUCCAACUCCCGCUUCCUGGUCAAAAGCCUGCCGCGACACUUCGAACACUCCUUCUUCCGCGAGGAGCUGCUCGAUCCGUACUACAAGUACAUGACGGAGCAUCCGCAGUCCCUGCUGGUGUGGAUCACCGACUACGUCUACUCGCCGUACUGGACGAUCGGGAACCUGGUCGGCACCACCCCGGCCCACCACAUCAUCAUGGAGAACCUGCUCUGCGGCCGGGACACCGACCCCGCGGGCGAGCGGUGGGAGACCUACGACCUGAAGCCGGUCGAUUAUUUCUUCCCGGAGCGAGAUCUGGUGCCCGAUCCGCUGGUCAGCAAGGCUACCUUGAGCAAGAUCGCCGAUAAUUUCAAUGACAAGGUCCGCAUCAGCCAGUCGGCGUAUGUCGCCCUCAUGCAGACCGUCGAGGCCGACACGCAGUUCCUCGAGGCCGCCAACGCGGUGGACUACUCCCUGUAUCUGGUCCGCUUCCCGGCCGCCUCGACGCCAGAUAUCGUCGGGCGGCCCGUUCCGUGGCGAAUUGGGUUGGAGUCGGCCGAUGGGAAGUGGAAAUACCGCGCCGUCAUCUUGGAUUUCUUCUGGGCCAGGCACAAGCUGCAUGCUCAGGCCAUGACCGGAGUGAUUCAGACCUUCAAUGUCAUUGGCCGCCAGGGGCCAAUGACCAUUACAACCACGCCAGAUGAGUACAGGAAGAAGUUUCUGACCAUGGUGAAAGCCAUGAUCGAAGUACAGGAGUGAGCCUAUUCAAGCGAAUUCAAUACCACUCAUAAUGUCUAUAUCUCUGCACAGAGUAAUUAUGAUAAUAUCAUAUCGUUUAAAAGGCCAGGUGCGACUUGGCCCUGUCAAUAUCGUUUCGUUUUGGGUAGAUUCCGCUUUUGCGCAUUCACUCAUAACACCGUAUAUCUGCAACCCCAAGAUAACCAAAGAUACAACCUUUCAUGCUGUGACGUUCUAUCAUAUCUAUAACGUGUGGGGUAUCGGCACUCAGGCACCGGUACACCGGACUGCGAGACGAAUACAAGACGCUGCAACCCAGGCGCAAGCCACUUAGAAGCAAAAGACCUGGUCCUCGAGCUUGCUGACGGGGCGAGCCU